AUGGAAACCAGUUUCACCUCCAGGAAUUCACCGUUCAAAGAAUUAAAUCAGCUGGUCCAGCCUCUUCCUUGUACAGAUGAAACUGAAAGCCAAAGAUGUGAAGUGGUUUGCAAGCCUGAUACAGUUUAUAACAGUGAAGCUGGGUGGAGAAUGCAGGACUUCUGGAUCUUUGGCCCCAUGGUCUUGCCACUGAAAAGAUAUUUUGGAAUUCAGGGCUUUAAAAUAAGUUUUAAAAUAAAUCAGAUGCACAGAUAUUUAACAAGCACUCAGGAGUUAAAUGUAAGAGGCAGCAAGACAUAUGCAAAUUUGUCUUACUUAUUUAAAGCAGCUUGUUGGAAGCUUACAACCAAAGUUGUAAAUAGUUGA